CAAAAAAGGGCUCCACACGCUAAAUCCCUUACAAUGGGUUUAAAACUUUUAAACCCCCAUAGGAAGAAAUAAUCGUUACCGUAAAAACUGAGUCUUCCUUUUCACAAUAGAAGCUUCACUUGAUCCCUCUCCUAUAUAAACACCUUUCUUUCUUUCUCCCAAAUCAAUACCAACCAUCACUUCUUUCUUUGGCUUUGAUUGCUCUGUUUCUCUCUCUCUCUGCCUCUUUGUUCUUCAUAAUUCUUUACAAGUUACUAGAGAUGUGUUUGAUAAUGAAAGCUGAUGAUCACGACGGUUGUGUGCUAGUCGCGCCUCAGAAUUUCGCGAUGGUUGAAAACGGUAUUUACCGAUCUUCGUUUCCUAAACCAGAGCAUUUCGGUUUCCUCACAGCCCUUAAUCUUCGUUCCAUCAUUUAUCUUUGUCCUGAACCAUACCCGGAGGAGAGUUUGAAGUUUUAUGAGGCCAACAACAUCAAGCUUUUCCAAUUUGCAAUCGAAAGUCAAAAGGAUCCUCCAACUCCAAUACCAGAGGAUACAGUUUUGGCUGCUCUCAGAGUGUUAGUUGAUGUAAGAAACCAUCCAAUCGUCAUACAUUGCAAAGCGGGAAAGCAUAGGACAGGUUGUUUGGUGGGAUGCUUAAGAAAAGUUCAGAACUGGCGUUGGUCAUCGGUGCUAGAGGAAUACCAAAAGUACGCGGGUUUGAAGUGCAGACAGAGGGACAUGAAGUGUAUUGAGACAUUUGAUACCGUGAGCUUGACGCAGUGUCUCUUGAGCAUUAUGUACCGUUAUCUCGGUUAUGGCCCUAAUAGGAAAAGGUUGCUCUAUGGAGAAGAAAAUGUCCAGACACCGAAAUCGCAGGCUACCAAAGUUUGACAACGAGAGCAACCAAGUGGGACAUGCAUGGUUUGGGUAUAAGUUUGAGAUUCAAUUUAUAAGUAACUAGAUGAUUCUUUUAAGAGGAGAAGUUGGUUUAUACAUAUAUCAAGAUUCACACACAUAGGUUUGAUUUGGGUAUUAUAAGUAUACAGAUAGGCUAUUCUUCAUUCAUAAUUAGAAACUGUGGCAUGAGAGGUCAGUUAACUCAAUGACCACUAAUGCUUAAGUUGCUUUAUCUUUCUUUCUUUUGUUUAUUUAUUUGUCAAGUCUUAAAGUGUGGGUUUAGUAGGCUAGUGGCCAUUACCAUUGUUAUUUGUUAAUUUAAAAUCAAUUACUAAAAGAUGAGAGAAUAAUAUUAAUAAAUUUUAGUAAACAUUAUUACACAA